AUGAACAAAAACGGAACAGCUAAAAUGAAUGAUAAUCAAAUUAGAGCAGAAGGUAGAAGGUUAUUUAAACGCUUCUAUAACAUUCCUGAUGGUGUUAAUCCUAAAACUCGUAGAAGCUAUUUAAAUGAAGCAAUAGAUGCAUAUGAAGGGUUUGACAUUUCAUCAGAAAGUGAGAGAUUAGCGAGAAUGUUAAAUGUUAAUAUUGAUUUCUAUUAUUGUGAUCCUCAACCAGAAGACGUGGACAUAAAUAAGGUAGACUUUCCAUUAGUGGAUUCAAUAAUGAUAGAUCCAGAAUUUGAAACAGUAAAUAUUUUAUUAACACAGAGUCCAUGUGGAAAACUUCACGCUGACAGAAUAACAGACGUUGAAGCACUCACCGGCUAUAAAGUUUGUCCAUAUUGUAAAGAAGAAGUUUAUUCUAUCCGUGAUGAUCCAGAAAGGAAAAACCAAAGAAGAUUUUUAAAGCAUUGUGAGAAAUGUAAAGAAAAUAAUGGAAGAUUAAUUCAAGACGUUCAAUUGCAAAAGACCCAGCAACCAUAUGCACCACAUAUUACGAAACAGAAGAUAUAUCAGUGGUUAUUAGCUCACAAUUUGCAGAAAUAUUAUAAACCGACAAGAUAUUAUAUUACUUUUGACUUUGAAACAUUAGAGACUAAAGAAGAAUUACAACUUUCUGAGUGUGCAACUUUGAAUGCUUACUUAAAACCAUUCAUGGUAUCAUCAACGGUUAAAUUAAACGAUAAAACAUAUACGAGGAAUUUUUGCUUAACUUCGAGUGAUUCUUUUAUUUCUGACUGGAUUGAAUUUUUAUUUUCAACCUGUUCAUUAGUUGCUAAAUCAAAUAUUGAACAAUAUGAAGAAUUAUUGAAGCCGCAAACGGCGAGGACUUUGUCCCAUACAUUAAAUGAAAAACAGAAGGAAGCAUUUAAAGAACUUCUAGAUGAGGAAUUCAAUAAAGUGAAUAUCAUAGGUUUUAAUUCGGGAAAGUUUGAUUUAAAUUUAAUUCUUCGUGAUUUAAACACUGCAAAAUGGAAAAUAAAAUCAAUGCUGGGUUCAUCUUCACAAUUUAAGCAAAUCAUUGUAAAGAAAACAAACGUUCCAUAUGAAUUGAGAUUUAUUGACAUCAGAAAUUAUAUAGCGGGUGGAACAUUAGACCAAUUCACUCAAGAUUUCGGAAAUAAUAAAACACGUGUUAAAUCCUUUUUCCCUUAUCAAUUCAUCACGUGGGAGAAUUACGAAGAAGAAUUAUAUAAAGUGGAACCAUUCACUCAAGAUUCAUUUUAUUCAGCAUUAACUCAAGAAACUAUAUCAGAUAGUGAUUAUCAAAUAUAUCUCAAUGAUGCUAAAAAUUUUAAGAAUAGAUUAG